AUGACAGAAAACCAAUAUACUGUCAGAUGCCGAAGAAGGCACAAAAUCGAUGGGAAUCGGGCGGAAUCAGAAGCGGAAUCAGAUUCAGAAGAAGCGGAUGUUGAAGAAUAUCCACCAUCCACCUCCUUCUGUCUUCACCACCACCGUCGGUUUUCAGAAGACAUCGAUCCCGAAGUGCCUCAAAGGAUACCAAGAAUGCCGAGUGGCCGAAUCUCCAUUGGAGACGUGUCGAACGUCGUCACAGUUACCGACAACGACAUCUCCUCCACCACCGCCACGACGACGAAAAUGCGACGUCGUCGUAUUGUGAGAAGCAGUCGAACUAGACGCAGAAUGACACCCGACAGUGAAGUGACGUCAUCCACUUCUCCAUUGCCCGUUCCCUCUUUCAACUUCCCACAAUUAUCAACAUCAACAACUCGUUUUCUCCUAUUGCUCGUUCUAUGUGCCAUUUUUCAGCCAUGUCUGUCAAUUCCCGAACUCCGUUGUGGUCCCAUCGACAUUCGAAAUAAACCGUGGUCAUUCCGAACAAUGUGGUCUCAUGUGGGUGAUCCACACGCCGUCAAUUACUAUAUCAAUAAGUCGAAUCAUGAAACUUGGCCGCCAAAAAAUGUACAAAUUAAUUGCACUGUCGUCGAAGGAUCAUUCGCCAUCUCGUUCGUCUACGACACCCAAGCUCAACACAAGAAAGGUUCGCCGGACGAGAAGACCCUGGAGAUGACCGACUAUCCGAGAUUCCCGCAUUUACGUGAAAUCACUGGAAGUCUACUCGUUUUUGAAACGACAGCUCUCACCGAUCUCGGCUACAUUUUUCCAAAUCUUCGUGUCAUUGGUGGUCAAGCACUCAUUCAACACUAUGCACUGAUUAUAUAUCGAAACGCUGACUUGGAUGCGAUCAAUCUCCCCAAACUGAGUGUGAUUCGAAACGGUGGUGUCCGAAUUCAAGACAACAAGCUGUGUUGCCACGUGAAAUCAAUCGAUUGGAAGUCGAUGGUCAUGACGAGUAUCAACGAUGUUGUCGUGGAUGAUGCGGCUGAAAGUUCGGUGACCGAGACUGGAAAACUGUGCCCGAAAGGUCCGUGCGAAGACGAUCCGGAUGAGACCAUGUGCCGAUACGUUGACAAUGCAAAAGGAUCUCGAAUUCAAAGUUGUUGGAGCAACACAACGUGUCAUAAAGUGUGUCAGUGGGAUCGUUUGGAUAAUCAAGAAAUGGGACCAGGAUGUGAUCCAGACGGUAACAGAUGUCAUGAUCAAUGCCUCGGUGGCUGUGAUCGUCCGAAUGAUCCGACCGCGUGUUCCGCUUGUCGAUUCCUUCACUACAAGGGAAAAUGCGUCGAGAAGUGUGAGCCUCAUUUGUACGUUUUGAUGAAUAGAAGAUGCGUGACGAAGAAACAAUGUCUUGAACUGAAUCCAGUGCACCAGAAUAAGACAGUUCCAAUCAAAGCGACGGAAGGAUUGUGCUCUGAUAAAUGUCCAGACGGAUGGGAAGUCAAUCCGGACAACGCGUCGGCGUGUAGGCGAUGUAAUGGAGCGUGUGAGAUCAAAUGUCCAUUAGAUCACAAAAUCGAUACAUUCCCGAAAGCAUUGGCCAUCAGUCGAUGUAACAUUAUCGUUGGAGAUUUGACAAUUGAAAUGCGAGGAAAACAAGAGUCUGGAAUGGCGGCUGAGUUGAAAAAGGUCUUCACGAAUAUCCACACCAUUACGGGACAUCUGAAAGUUGUUAGAUCUCCACCGUUCCUCUCACUUGCAAUGUUCCGAAAUCUGAGAGUUAUCGAGGGAAGGAAUCUGUUCCUUGGAAAGUACGCAAUCGCUGUCGUUGAGAAUCCGAAUCUCCGAAAACUUUUCGAUGAUCGAGCCAACUUUACCAUCGGAAACGGCACAAUCCAAGUGCAUAAUAACAGAAUGCUCUGCUAUUCGAUUGUUCGAAAUCUUGUCCGUCGACUCGGUGUCGACCUGAAUGAAGACGAUCAGUCGGCGGAUUCGAAUGGAGACAAAGCGAUCUGUGAUGAUGCUCGUAUUGAAGUCAGAAUUGCUGCGAUCUCUUCCGAUAGCAUUGUGUUCGAAUGGGAUAAAUUCAACACUUCCGACAUUGAUCAUCGCAAAUUUCUGGGUUAUGAGCUGUAUUAUAAAGAAGUUCCAAAAGUGGACUAUACAAUGUCAAUCGACGAGGAUCGUAGUGCGUGUGUCGACUCGUGGAGUUCCGUAUUCAAACAACAUUACGAGAAAGAUUAUGAGAUUCCCGGAGAGAAUGUCACCGUCCACUUAGGCUCCGCCCAGAAAAUUCGUCCGAAUACAGUAUACGCGUACUAUGUGGCGACACAAAUGGUCCAUCACCCGGGAGCGAAGAACGGAUUGUCGAAGAUUGGAUUCGUGACGACCAAAUUCUCACAACCGGAACCUCCGACGUUGAUGGUGACGAAAGUGGAAACGGACUCUAUAUUGCUCACAUGGGACCCACCACGAAAUCCGAAUGGAGUCCUCACUCAUUACACGAUAUCAUGGAGAGAACUGGAUAUCAAAGUACACGAGUUGGCGAGCAUUUUCUGUAAAAAAGAUGCAUUCGAAAAGUCACUGCAAUUGGCGAGAGAUUCUGCAUCAACGGAAGCGGAUGAGAAGACUUACAAACCGAAAGACUACUCGCUUGCUCCGACACUGACAUCUCUCAUCCCAUCGACUGAAGAAACGUGUCAAGCUGCCGGUUGUUGUACUUGUUCUGCUGAAACAGCUGAUGUGAAACCAAUCGAUGCGGAUGCGACUGUAGAGACGUCGAGCUUUGAGAAUGAGCUCAUGGACACGAUUAUCACGCCGAGAUGCGACAUUGAAAAAGAUCCGAUGGGAUGUGUAAUGCAAUCCCGUGCACCGGAACAUGAGAAUAUGAGUGACGACGACGAAGACGAAGGGAAUCCAGAAGGAGAGGAUUCAGAAGGACAACAACUACGGAUGAAGAGAAAUGCGGAGGCGUUCGAGCGGCAACGGCGACAAUUGUAUUUGGAUGGGAAUCAUGCGAUACGUGAAACUUCCCGGAGGCAGUAUGAACAGUUUACGGCUCUGAUUAUAUCAGAAAUUCGUUCUCGUCGAUCGAUCAGAACUAUUGAAGAAAUGGACAAACAGUUGGAGCAAAAUGAGAGAAACCGAGUUUCGACGUCGACUGUGAAGCCAUCGAAGAAGCCGUUGAUCUACGUGGAUACCAAGAAGCCGAAGGGAACGACGACGACGACUCCAACACCUUCAGUUACUCCAUCACCGACACAGGACUUGAAGCCAGUAAUACACGACGAAUUGGUUUGGGUCUCCGGAAAAUUCUCAAUCAAUGUGACGGCGAAAGAAUCUGGAAAUAUGUUUUUGUUGAAGAAUCUGAAGCAUUUCACCACUUAUGGAAUCACAAUUUCCGCAUGUCAAGACGCCACACUGAACGACAACAACUGCUCACCUCCACACAAAGCGGGAACCAAAAAACGAACAAAACCAAUCCUGAACAUUGACAAAGUGGACAACUCAACGAUUCGCGUCGAGACCCAAUCGGACGUGAAAAAAAAUGUGAAUGUGACGUGGGACGAGCCGACAGAAACGAACGGAGGAAUCAUUGGAUACCAGGUGAUAAUGAACAGUACGACUGGAAGUACUCCGAUGACGAUGUGUGCUGGCGCAAUACCUGGAUACUCUCCAUCUGUUCAUGGUGUUCAGUUCAUUGGAUUGAAUGAUGGACGUUAUGAAGUCUACAUCAUUGCCACGUCACCAUACCGCCAGGGAGAUACUGUCGUCUGGAGUGGACCACUCAUCAUCGAGUCACCCGGAUGGUUCGAACUAUGGAUGAUCGGGGUGAUAUUCAUCGUUCUCGCCGUGAUUGCUGGUGUUGCCGCUGCGAUCUCCCGUAAAUACUAUAAAGCGCGAGUCUCAAAACGAGUCAAAGCGAUGUCCAACUUCAUGCAUCUCAAUCCGGAAUACACAGUGGACAACACGUAUACAGCCGACUAUUGGGAACUGAAACCAGAGAGUGUGACGAUUGGAUCGCAGUGUGGAGAGGGAUCAUUCGGAAAAGUUUUCCUUGGAACUGGAGACAAUGUCACCACUGUAAUGGGAGAUAUUUUCGGUCCGUGCGCUAUCAAAAUCAAUAAUGAUAAUCUGGAGUCUGGAGAUAAUUUGAAUUAUUUGAUGGAGGCGAAUGUGAUGAAGAACUUCAAGACUCCAUUCAUUGUCAAGUUAUACGGAGUCAUCUCAUCCAAAGUGCCCGCAAUGGUCGUCAUGGAAGUCAUGGAACUUGGAAAUCUUCGUGAUUAUUUAAGAUCGAAACGACAGGAUGACGUGUUCAAUGAGAUGGAUUGCAACUUCUAUGACGUCGUGCCAAGAGAGAAAUUCUGCGAAUGGGCCGCCCAGAUUUGUGAUGGAAUGGCUUAUCUGGAAUCACUGAAAUUCUGUCAUCGAGAUCUCGCUGCCCGUAAUUGUAUGAUCAAUGCAGACGAGACUGUCAAAAUUGGAGAUUUCGGAAUGGCUCGAGAUCUCUUCUAUCAUGAUUACUAUAAGCCUUCCGGUAAAAGAAUGAUGCCAGUCCGUUGGAUGUCUCCAGAAUCUCUUAAAGAUGGAAAAUUCGAUUCGAAAUCUGAUAUCUGGAGUUUCGGAGUCGUCCUCUAUGAGAUGGUCACUCUCGGAGCCCAACCGUACAUUGGAUUGUCGAAUGAUGAGGUGCUUAACUACAUCGGGAUGGCGAGAAAGGUCAUCAAACAACCCGAAUGUUGCUCAGAUUACUGGUACAAAAUUAUGAGAAUGUGCUGGAGAUUCGCGCCAAGAGACCGCCCGACAUUCCUUCAACUCGUUCAUUUGUUGUCUGCCGAGGCGUCAGCCGAAUUCAAAGAAGUUUCAUUCGUAUUCACGGAGAAUCAAAUGGCAAUGGAAGACUCCGAACCAUUGGAUAUCGAUGAGAUAUACAAUUAUGAGCCAGAACCAGAUCCAGAUGAUAUUGAAGCAAUGGAUCAUUUGGAUAGUGAAGCUGAAAAUGGAGAGAGACGACACACCGACUCAAUUCCGAUGAAAGAAUUCCGAUCAGAUCAUUUGAAUUCUUCUGGAAUGAAUAGUCGCUCGACGAUUUCAGUCGGAUCUGGUGGGCCACAUACUGGACGACUUCGGAAGAAGUCCAGACAGAGAAGUCUGGAUGAAGAGUAUGCUCUGAUGAAUCAUAGUAGAGGACCGAGUGAUACGGAAGUUCGACAUUAUGGUAAUGACGAUGGUGAUUACGUCGAAAGAGAUGUACCGCAGGAUGUGCCGACGCGCCGCAACACUGGAGCGAGUACCGCCAGCUAUUCCGGUGGUCCAUACUUGGCGAAUCGUGGUGGAUCCAAUGAACGUGCCGGAUUCGGUGAAGGUCUCCGUCUCACAGAUGCACUCGGAAGUGGUCAUCUUCAUGACGAUAAUGAUUACAUUGAGAAGGAGAUUAGUUCAAUGGAUACGCGCCGAAGCACUGGAGCCAGCACCGCCUCCUACGGAGCUCCUCACCCGAACACACAAACGAAUUGGAGUGGAAGUCGUGGUGCGACGUACUACGCCAAUAAAGCACAACAGCAACAACAAGCUGCAGCAGCUGCCGCCGCCGCAGCCGCCGCUGCCAAACAACGAACACACGCCCAUUUGAAUGAGGGAAGAGGCGAUCGGUUGACUCAAUUGCCAGGCACUGGACACUUGCAGAAUAAGGAUGAAGGAGAUUAUAUUGUGACGGAGCCAAGGAAUACGAAGAAUGAUGGAUCACCAUCGAAAAAUGGCAAUACCUCCUCCAAUCGUGCCUCAUCCAACGGUCGCUCAUUAUUCGGUGAAAAAGAGCGACUUAUUGAAGAUACUGAGCAUCCACUCGGCUAA